AACGACUACAACAGCGGCAUUGCAGUAAAAAACCGGAAGUACAAAAUCGUGUCCAUUUCCCCGCCUCUUUCAGACAUCUGCAAGACUGAGUCGCUGCGUUUGGAAUCAGAACCUUUUUCCCUUGGCACAUUCUUUCUAGUGUCACGUGACCAUGAGUAAACGGAAGUCCAAAGAUGCUCCAAUGCCAAUUGGCGAUUGUAUCGCAAAGCUCCACAAGUGUCUGAGGGCGCGACUUUGCCAUGGGCAGCUUCCCAGCAGGCUGGAAGCAUCUGAGGCCCAACACACACACUUGCUGGGGUUGCUCACACGAACUGCUAUCCACGGAGAAAGUAAUUCUGUGCUCAUCGUAGGUCCCAGGGGAUCGGGGAAAAGUGCGCUUCUCAAGUGUGUGCUAAGAGACCUGCUGCAGGAGAAGGAAGUGGAGAAAAACCUCCUGCAGGUUCACCUCAAUGGCCUCUUACAGACUGAUGACCGAAUAGCCCUGAAAGAAAUCACACGACAACUCAACCUGGAAAAUGUUGUUGGGGACAAAGUAUUUGGGAGCUUUGCAGAGAACCUGGUCUUCCUGCUGGAGGCACUGAAGAAAGGCGACCGCAAAACCACCUGUCCAGUCUUGUUCAUUCUGGAUGAGUUUGACCUGUUUGCUCACCACAAGAACCAAACUCUGCUUUACAACUUGUUGGACGUUUCUCAGUCGGCCCAAGCACCAGUCGCUGUGGUUGGCCUCACCUGUAGGCUGGAUGUCCUCGAGUUGUUGGAGAAGCGGGUGAAAUCACGCUUUUCCCACCGUCAGAUCCACUUGUUGAAAGGUCUUAGCUUCACUCAGUACCUGGAGCGAGUCCGAUCCCAGCUCAGCCUGCCGGAUGACUUUCCCGUCGGGAAGUUCGCUCAGGACUGGAACAGCAGCGUGCAGAGUUUUUGUGAAGAUAAAUCCGUAGAGGAUACUUUACGGAGACAUUUUAACUCCAGUACAGACUUCCGCUCUUUGCACAUGCUGCUGAUGUUGUGCUUAAGCCGCAUCUCCAUCGUAAAUCCUACCAUCAAGCCUGCAGACGUCCUGGAAGCCAGCAGACUGUGGUUCAGCGACGCAAAGUCCAAUAUGCUUCACGGUCUUUCCAUCCUGGAGCUGUGCUUGGUCAUUGCCAUGAAACACCUUAACGAUGUCUACGAAGGAGAACCCUUCAACUUCCAGAUGGUUCACAACGAGUUUAAGAAGUUCCUGCAGAGAAAGUCAAACUCAAUGUACAAUUUUGAGCAGCCCGUUGUCAUGAAGGCCUUUGAGCACCUGCAGCAGCUGGAGUUAAUUCAACCUGUUGAUGGCUCUUCAACCAAAACUCAGAGAGAAUACCAACUGAUGAAACUCACACUAGACAACUGUCAGAUCAUGGAGGCUCUGCAGAAGUACCCACAAUGCCCCACAGAUAUUAAGCAGUGGGGUAUGUCUGCAUUUGGUUAGGAUUUCAGUCAUAACCUUGUGAGAGAGUCUGUCACUUUGUUGCUGUACUUUUGUCCUCCUAAAACAGUAAAUCUACAUUUUAAUGGAACUGCCAGAGAGGUAUUAGGGGCCAUUCUAGAAUUGGAGGACACUUUUGCUUUCUGUGUAAUUUCAAAUUCCCGCCACAAUACAGAAAUGUUCAAUUAAUUCAUGUACAUGGUAGGUGUCCUGCAGCAAAAUGUAAAUAGUUGUAAUUAAAGUAUUCCAACUUUUAAAUAUUAUUUUACACCAAAUAAAACAAUUCUUUAUCAAGACCCUGA